AUGUCUUCAGUGCAGGCUGUAUUCAAGAUCAUACCCACCACUCAGCAAUACGACUGGGGAAAGAUCGGCAAGGAUUCCAAAGUCGCCCAGUUCGCGUCGGCCUCGCAAAUUCCAGGCUUUGCUAUCGAUGAGGGAUCGCCAUAUGCAGAGUUAUGGAUGGGUACGCACCCAAAGUCUCCGUCGCAUGUACGAUCCUCGAAUCAAGUUCUGUCCGAGUACUUGGAACAACAUUCAGAACUCAUCGGCACUCCCAUAAUCGAAAAGUUCGACGCCGCGAACGGAAAUCUUCCAUUUCUCUUCAAAGUUCUGUCAAUUGCAAAGGCGUUGAGUAUCCAGACUCACCCUGACAAAAAGACGGCGGAACAAUUGCAUGUUCAAUUCCCGGAUAUCUACAAGGAUCCCAACCAUAAACCCGAGAUGGCGCUCGCGAUAACGCCAUUUCAAGCUCUGUGCGGGUUCCGACCUCUUCCUGAAAUAGCAGCGUACUUGAAUAGUACACCGGAGUUAAGGUCCAUGCUGCCAGCCGCUAUUGUCGAUGAAUUUCUUAAGAUAUCCAACUCAACAACACCGGAGGGUGGCGCCGAGAAAGCGGCAUUGAAGAAUGUAUUUGCCUCGCUAAUGAUGGCCGACGAGGAGACAGUCAAGGCCAAGGUCGAUACCUUGAUGACACGUUACAACUCUGGGGAAACGCACGCUGGGGAGGACCCAGACAUCGUGAAGCUUGUGUUGCUGUUGGGGAAACAGUUCCCCGGGGAUAUUGGGAUCUUCUGUGCCUAUGUUCUUAACUACGUCGUUCUGAGGCCUGGUGAAGCCAUCUUCCUUGGAGCGGGAGAACCCCACGCAUACGUAUCCGGAGAAUGCAUUGAAUGCAUGGCCAAUUCGGAUAACGUUAUUCGGGCGGGCCUUACUCCUAAGCUGCGCGACGUCCCAAACCUCGUUUCUGGACUCACGUAUACUGCCUCUCCGCCAACCAAGCACGUCGUUUAUACCAAACCAUUCCGAAACGCAUCACGCGCGUCCGUAUUAUACGAUCCUCCUAUACCCGAAUUCUCUGUCGUCAGGGUCAAGAUACCAGAAGGCAGCACAAAGGAGUCGGAAGUCCAUCCACCUCUUGGAGGGCCUAGUGUUAUUAUCGUCACGGAAGGACAAGGGCAGGUGAGUUGGAAUGAUGAUGCCGAGUCCCUGGAUGUCAGUCUUGGGGAUGUAUUUUUUGUCGGAGCUGCUACAAAGGUCAAAUUCACAAUUAAAGGUGACGAAACUUUUGUCAUCUACCGUGCGUUUGUGGAGGCUGGAUGA